UCUUCGGUGCAGCUAUAAAAAGAAACAGCGUUCACAUGAUUCAUAAAUAUUACAGCGGCAUACGUCACCCCACGAGGAACGCAUGCGCAAUGUGAAAUGAAAGCAAACAGCAACAUAUCGAUACCAGUCUCAAACUACUACCAUAACCUUGGAGUCAGGACGGUAUUAAUGGGACUACAGGCAAGGGGACUUUACUUAGAAGCCAAAAUAAGACACACCGAAUCUGCCUGAAACGGAGCUUUCUCGAAAAAAGAAGAGAGAAGUGAAACAUCGCUCGCGUUUGACUUUUUGGAAGUGGCUCUAAAAUAGUUCUCCGACUCUGCGCACUUGCUUCCUGUUGACACUGACUCCGUCAAAUAACCAAUCAAACGACUCACUGACAGAAAUGUAAAAGAAAGGACAGCCGAGGCCAGGUAAGAACGCGGGACAGGAGGUAAACAGACAGGCAGACAGGACUCCGCUGGAACUAUUUUCUACAUGAGUCUUUGGGCAGGAUGUCGCUGAGUUCAGGCGGUUGGGCUCACUCCUCCACCGACCACACACCAGACCACUCCGCCGCGCUCCCCAGCCACUAUGGGGCCUCGCCGUCUCAACUUGGCUGCCACACCGUCCUCAUGUCGGUUCGGGUGUCAGUGUGCCAUUCUGGGAUUCGGCCGCUGUGUCUUCCGGGAGCAGGUGAUGAGUCACUCCGCCUGCAGAUCAGCAUGGACCCGGGGAAAUCCGGGGAAUUCCGGCUAUCGCUCCUGGAGAACGGCGGGACUGGCCGGAGUGCGACCAUUGCCGAGUUUGAUUUGAGGAGCGUGAACUACGAAGUGAAGUCGCCAAAGUGCCACGAGCUGAGUUUGGCCGUUCCUCCCCAUGAUCGCAUCAGCUUCAACUUUCGCUGCGAGCAGGAGGCCCAGGAGUGGGCUACUGUGGUGAUGUCGUCACUAAGAGAAGCACACAGAGCCUCCCCUCACCAUAAUGAGCCACAGCAGCCCCCUGACGGUCUCCAUCAUCAGAACACCUUGGCUUUGCAGCAAACAGAGGACACUUGUAUAGAGCUAACCAAGGCGAUAGAGGCAGGUGACAUGCAGUCUGCUUCUGCCUUUGCUGCUACGCUCGCCCAUCAGCGUGCGGCACUUAGGAUCCAGCCCUCCACCAGAGACCACGAAUACAAUGAAGUCAAUUUGGCUGUCGUAGUGGAGGAUUCGUCCUCAUCCUGUUGUGUCACUGUGAAAGUUUUCCCACACAUGACUACUGCGUCGCUGAAACAGCAGAUGUUUCUCGAAUACGGCUUUCACCCACGAGUGCAGCGCUGGGUGAUCGGCCAGUGCUUGUGCGUCGACCACCGAUCCCUCGCGUCGUACGGUGUUCGUCAGCACGGUGACACGGCCUUCUUGUACCUCUUGUCAGCCCGCCACGCUCGCUUGACCCCGCAGGCCCUCCAGCAGGAUCAGGAGAGCAUCCUCCUCUUCAGCCCUUCAUCUCAGUCUUCUCCAAACCCGCCACUCCCUGCUACCUCUGCAAAUGGCCCCUCAUCUCAGGACUGGAGGCCUUACACCACACUUCCUUCUAGACUCCGUACCACUACCAACACUGGCGGUUUAGAGAGGCAAAACAUCAGAGAUCUCAUCAACCUAGAGAUGCCUCAGCUUGAUAAAGCCCUGAGCCCGAAAACAUCGCCUACCCAGGGUUGGUCAUGUCCCUCGUGCACCUACAUUAACAAACCAACGCGGCCGGGCUGUGAGAUCUGCAGUACGGACCGACCUGAGAACUACGUUGUCCCAGGGGGAUAUCAACCUGAUACACUGGAGCUCAGAAGAAUUCAGAAGGAGAAAGAAGCUAUCCGACAAUACCAGCAGGCGAAGGAGGAGGAGCGAAGGCAGAACUUUGCCCGGCUGGUGAUGAUGGAUGGUCAGGACCUGGUGCCUAACCCUGAAUCUGUGGAGUGUAGGAUCUGCUAUGCAGGCUUACAGCCGGGAGAUGGCAUCCUCCUGAGGGAGUGUCUGCACUGUUUUUGCAGAGAGUGCUUGCGCUCUGUCAUUAUGCUGAGCGAGGAGCCCGAGGUGUCCUGUCCCUACAGAGAUGACACAUACUCCUGUUCCUGCUUCCUGCAGGAGAGGGAGAUCAGAGCUUUGGUUCCUGCAGAGGAGUAUGAACGCUGGCUGCAGAGGGGUCUUUCGGUUGCAGAGUCUCGGUGUGAGGGCAGCUAUCACUGUGCUACUCCUGACUGUCUGGGCUGGUGUGUGUAUGAGGAUACUGUCAAUGUCUUCCACUGCCCUGUCUGCAAGAAACACAACUGCCUAAUCUGCAAGUCUAUCCAUGAGGGUAUGAAUUGUAAGCAGUACCAGGACGAUCUUGCAGCACGUGCUAUCAAUGACUCUGCUGCUCGAAGGACAACACAUCUACUAAAUACUCUUGUGCAGUCAGGGGAGGCCAUGCGCUGUCCACAGUGUGGCAUCAUUGUGCAGAAGAGAGAUGGAUGUGACUGGCUGCGCUGUACAGUCUGUCACACUGAGAUCUGCUGGGUAACCAGAGGGCCACGCUGGGGGCCAAGGGGUCCAGGGGACACCAGUGGAGGAUGCCGUUGCAACGUGAACAACCGAAAGUGUCACCCUAAAUGCCAAAACUGCCACUGAGAGGGUCAAAAUGGGUCAGAUUGCCCCAAAUGAAUGAGUGACUGAACUUGGGGAAAAAAGCUGCUCUCUCAAUAGCAUGGAAAGAAAGACUGAGAUUUCUAUUUAAGCUAUAUUUAAUACAAAACUGUGCAGAAUUUAUACAUUAAAUACAUACUGAGAUCUUUAAUCAGCAAAUCUCUAACCGUCACUUAUUUUCACUGGUUUUUCCACUGGAAUCCGAAUGAAAGAAAUAAUAUUUUUACAUGUCGCUGCAUCUCACUAAUAAGAAUAUGUGGUUAGUUAUGUAACGAAGAUGAGCGUGGUCAGAAUUAUGCAGUAUAAAAAAAAGGAGUAUUUACUUUGAAUGCAUGUGGUGCCUUUUCAGAAUGUUUGCACAGCUGAUGUAGCAGUACAGGUGUGUUACUUUCUGUUUUAGCAGUUACACGCCUGGAUGCAUUACAUAAAACUGAAGUGGCCUUGUUUCUCGUGCACAAAAAUCAGUAGCAGGGUGUUUCUGAAUGAAACAAAAUGUGACAAUUUCUCAUUGUGAUAGAUGAAUGUGAUAAAUAGAUGAAGCAGGAGUCCCGAGUUACAUAUAGAAGCAUUUCUGAGUGUGUGUAUGUGUGUGUUUGUACGUCUGCGUGAUGCCGUGUAAAGACUGCAUAGGUGCCUUGUUACCAAAGAGGUUUGAACUGAAACAAGUGUGUGUCUGAUUAUUCGUUCGAUUGGGAUCUGUUGGUCUGAUGCCUGAGAGAAACCAGACUGUUCUCACUGUUUUAUUACUCACAACUCUGUGUUCGCCCAGAAGCUGCACUGCUCACAUUUGAGUAUUGUGUGAUGACAUCACCAGUAAAUGUCAAAGUGUGUUAAUUAAUAGGCAGAUAUUGGUUGUUAAGUUUAUAUUUCCUGUAUGGGGAGGCACAUGUAAACACCUUUUGUCAAUAAGCUUUUACUCCUUUAGUAGACCUCGGAUACAAUAAAGUAAUUCAUUACAGUGUAAAUACUUGGAAUAUAUUUUUAUCCAUGUAUGCAUCAAUGCCCUCUCUUCACUGGAAAAGGGAAAAAAAAAAAAAAGAUGCCUAACUUCAAAUUCCUGAGUAUUCCCUCGACUACACUACUGCCCAGAACUGACAGGCCAAGAAAAGAUCCUCACUCUUGUCUGUGUGUAAAAGUCAGCACUGUGCUGCUGACUUUCUGUUGUGCCUUAACAAUAAAUAAACACCAUUCAAACUCA